ACUUCGUCUCACUCGCGCGCAUUUCUUCUGCAGCACCUAUUUUGACUUUGAAUUUUUUUUGAUCACUCCAUUUUUAAAGUUUUCAGUUUGCAAUUUCGAAAAGAAACUUCUCUACAAAUACACAACUCCACCACCCUCAAUCCACCAAACCCCUCUCUCUCUUUUAACAUGUACAAAAAUCAAUCAUCAGAAAAGAUCUUUGCCAAAGUUUACUUCUAUGCAAAGCAAAAAAAAUCUAGUGCUUCCUCAAUGGAAGCUUCUUCCAAUGUUCAACCGAAAAAACAUGAGGAAAUCAGAAAGAUUGCACUUUGUGAUUCCUAUCAAGAAUUUUAUAAUUCAAUUAUGCUCAGUUUAUCAAGUGGAAGAAAUGAGGAUGGAAAACAAUAUCUUAGUGACCAUAUUCCAAUGUCACUUGUUAACACCCAAAAGAAAAAGAAGACAAUCUCCUUCAAAUACCAAGAUGGAGAAAAGGAUUGGAUUUCUUUUGACAAUCAAGAAGAGUAUCAACAGGCCUUCUUGUUGGCAAAAGAACAAAAAUCUUUACGAGUCAAAGUUGUUUACAAAAAGUCAAUGUUUAAACCAUCUUCAGGGGCCUCCAAGGCCUCUAAACACCAAAUCUCCCAAAACCACUCUCUCACUAUUUCUGUCGAAUUUGAAAAACUCCAAGAAUUAUUGCGUUUGCAAUCUAACCAAGCUAACUCUAACAAGUGCGCAGAUUCAUCAUCUGACAGUACUUGUAUUUUUGACUUGUGGAACAAAUCUGCUCCAGUCCAAGUUGAUGUCUAAACUUCAAGAUAAUACAUCCAUCUUGCUGGGAAGAAUAGGAAACAUUAUCUCACAAAAAGAUGAAAUAAAUGUUCAUCCAUUGCUGUUUGGCUCGUAA